AUGGUCAGCGCCAAGUACCUCCUCCUCGCACCUACCAGCUGCCUCACCGUUACCGCCAACGGCAGCGUCUGGUGGCAUACUUGCGGGUUAGUGUCAUCUUAUUCUAUGACCUCAUCAAGAAUGCCUCUACUAACAGUGUUCUUAGCAACUGCAAGUGUCCCCACACUGGCUCUUACGAGGGUUUCAGUGGUACCAGCCCCUGCAUCAGGCUCGACAGCUCCAUCCGCUCGAUCGGGCUCACCCACGUCGGCACCAAGUCGACCACUUGCAGCAUCUUCUCUGACAACAAGCUGCCAAGACCAGAGGCAGAGCGUAGGCUCCAGUGGGACGUACGCUUGCACGGCGUUCAACCAGAACUCGGGGAGCAUGAGGUGCUACUACAAUGUCUAA